UUUUCAUCGGGGGGCGCUCACUCUACGGUUUUGCUGUCACUACUCGCCCCCAAUUUUUCCUCCGUUUUCAACACCCCCCCAUCAUUAUUUAUUUAUCAAAAUCAGACUAGUGCAAAACUUUGUAUGCAGUUUUCUGGUACCUCCUUUGCAGCUGGAUAUUCAAUGCUGUUUCUGGUUUAAGUGUUUAACAAAGUGAUGACAGAUUUCAAGGGUGUCAUAUGAGGUGAUUGAAGCGGUUUUCCAGGAUCAGUGAUGGAUUGUAACAGAGAGGAAGCAUUGAGGGCGAAGCAACUUGCAGAGAAGAAGAUGGAGAUCAAGGACUUCUAUGGGGCUCUAAAGAUUGCUGUCAAGGCCCAACAGCUUUAUCCCGAACUAGAAAAUGUUUCUCAAAUGAUUGUUGUAUGUGAAGUACAUUGCUCCGCUGAAAAAAAAUCCUAUGGUACAGAUAAGGACUGGUAUGGUAUUCUCAAAAUUGAGCCUUCAGCUGAUGAUAUAUCAAUUAAAAAGCAAUACAGAAAGCUAGCUCUUGUAUUGCAUCCAGAUAAAAACAAAUUUUCUGGUUCUACUGAUGCCUUUAAGUUAAUCGGUGAAGCUCAAAGAGUCCUUUUGGACCGUGAGAAAAGACUGAUCUAUGAUAGUAAACGCAGAGCUUCCGUGAAUUUUACAGCACCAAAAUGGAACACAAGGCAACCAACCAGUCAACCAAAUGUCCCUCAACAACAUCCUUGGAAUCAAAGUCACUCUGCUAGUUACACAGGGGGACGUGCUGGUAGUUUUCCGUUUUCACAACAGGCACCAACUGGGGUUAGUGGGAAGGGGGCAACCUUUUGGACAGGCUGUCCUUUUUGUAAGGUCAGGUAUCAAUUCUACAGAGAAGAUGCUUAUAACAAAGAUGUUAAUUGUCAAAGUUGCAAGAAAAGUUUCACUGCUUAUGAGUUAAAUCCCCAAGGCUUUCCUUCUGCCGGUGCACCAAAUACAGUCUAUCCACAACAGAGUAGGGUUCCUCCUAAAUCCACAGAGGCUCCCAAACGUACUUAUACAACAAAACCGGUAUUUGAGAAAAAAGAACCUAAAAUUACCAAGGCACAAAAAAAUGUCAACAGAAAAAGGAAAAAGAGAAUAGAGGAAUCUAGUGAAAGUUCUGACAGUAGUGAAAGCAGCUCUGAAUCUGAGGAAGAUGUCAUAGAACAUAGUGGAAGCAAUGAUAAUAGCAUGCCUAAAACUGUUGAUAAGAAUUCAGAUUAUCAGGGAUUUGAACAUUUUGGGGAACAGCCUCGGAGAUCCUCUCGCGCAAAAAGAAAUGUUUCAUACAAAGAAAAUUUGAACGAUAAUGAUAACGAUGAUUAUGAUACUUCGUCUAAACAAGCGAAGAAGAGCGACACACCGGAACAUACAGCUCAUGAAUCCUCCCGGAAAGAGAAGGUGACAAAAAUUGUGGAAGAAGUUCAAACAAAAAAACAUGUUGAUAAAAAGUCUAUGCAGGAUGAUAAGGAACACCCUAAGUCUGAAUCAGAUGAUAAAGGGGAAGAAACUGGAAAUGAUGACGAUAAUGAAGAAGAAAUAGAAUCUAAAACUUUCGUCUGUCCUGAUCCAGAGUUUAGUGACUUUGAGAAAGACAGAAAGGAAGAGAGUUUUGCUGCGAAGCAGAUAUGGGCUUGUUAUGAUACUUUAGAUGCUAUGCCCAGAUUCUAUGCUUUCAUUAAAAAGGUUUCUCCAGGUUUUAAACUGCAAAUACAGUGGCUGAAACCUGAUCCCGGAACUCCGGAUGAGAAGAAAUGGGUGCAAAAUGAUUUGCCUGUUUCUUGUGGCGUUUAUAAACGUGAUAAAGCUGAUAAGGCUGAAGAUAUUCUAUCGUUCUCGCACCUGGUCUCAUGGGAGGCUGGUCAAAAGGCAGGUACAUUUAUCAUAAUUCCUAGAUUAGGGGAUACUUGGGCCAUCUUCAGGAACUGGUCUAUGAACUGGCACUCUUCUAUUGAAGUUGAUGAAGUUGAAGAAGAAAGAACGUAUGAAUACGAUUUUGUGGAGAUUUUAUCAGAUUAUGAUGCAAAAAAUGGUAUUCGUGUUUCAUAUUUGGAAAAGGUAAAGGGUUUUGUGUGCCUUUUUAAGCGAAAAGAAGGCGGAGAGAUGGUUAUAGCGGCGGCUGAUAGGUACAGAUUCGCCCAUAUGGUUCCAUCUAGUAGAAUGAGUGGAGAAGAAAGAAAAGGUGUUCCGAAGGGGUCUUAUGAACUUGAUCCUGCUGGUCUGCCUCAGUCGGCAUUUGAAUGAAUAGAUUAACUUGUAAUACGCACACUGGCAUUUAAAUGUUUAUGUGUUUAGAUGUUAUUAUCUUGGUAUUUAGACUGUUGAUUCCUUUGGUUAAAGAUUUUUUCAAAGUAAUGUAGACCCUUUGGUAGAGACUUGUGCUUUAUUUGAUGUAUAUUAUAAAGGGUCAUUCCAAUUUGAACUA